AUGGGGAAACCUUCGAGUACGAAACAGGCGACUGUAGUGGUGGCAGCGUUGGCGUUUGGAUGGUUAGCUAUAGAGCUCGCUUUCAAGCCUUUCCUCGAAAAAUUCCGCUCCUCCAUUGACAAAUCCGACCCUACGAAAGACCCCGAUGACGCCGACGCGGAAGCCGUCGCCGCCGCAAUCGCUGCCGCUGCGAAGUCGUCGGACGAGAGCAUACCCAAAACCUUGUCUCUCUGUGAAGACUACUACUCGAGUAGUAGUCGAUCGAGAGUCAUGGAAGAGUGCCGAUACGAGACGAGUGAGUUACAGGCGUCGCUCAUGAUGUCGACUCCUUUAUGGUCAGAUUCAUGGACUUUAUGCAACGCCGCCAACUGCGCAAGAAGUAUUCAGAUCCAGAACAUCGCCGGUAUUAUCUACGUUGCUUUACCUCCGGUGAUCAAGAUGACUGAAUUGGGCGAUCUCGUGGCCUUGGAAGUCAUCCAAAAAGGGAACUUCUCCGGCUUAUCUACAUCAUUAUCCUCCGAUGAGCCUCCUCCUAUGGUCGACGCUGCUAUACUCAAGGGCUUAGAGUCUUCGCUUGCCCUUUUCCAUUCACAGAUCACACAAAGAUUACAACCGGAAGAAAAAAAGCGUGUGGUGAUAACCGGACAUUCAACCGGCGGCGCACAGGCCGCUCUCAUCGCACUUUGGCUUCUCUCCCAACCUUCGCCGCCGUCAUUCCACCUCCUCUGCAUCACAUUUGGCUCCCCUUUGCUCGGAAACCAAUCUCUCUCUUCCGCAAUCUCCCGCUCUCGUUUAGCACACAACUUCUGCCACGUGGUCUCCAUCUACGACCUUGCUCCAAGAAGCAACGACGAUCUGUUCUGGCCCUUUGGAACCUAUCUCUUCUGUUCCGAGAACGGAGGUGUCUGCUUAGACAACGCUGCUUCAGUUCGUCGCAUGUUUCAAAUACUCAACACGACAACAGGAACUCCACACAUCGAGGAGUACAGACAUUACGUGUUCACACUCUCUGACCAGUUUCUCAAGUCUAGAAGCUUUCUUGGAGGGAAUAUCUCAGACAACAGCUACAAAGCUGGUGUCGAAUUAGCCGUAGAGUCCCUAGGAUUCUCUACUGAUCACCCGAGUGGCGUGUCUAUGAAAGAAUGCAUAGAAACAGCUACAAGAAUCCGCCGUGCUCCGGUUUUGAGGGCAGCGGAGUUACCUAUUCAGCUCGCAAAUGUCUUGCCGUCGAGACUAGAUAUUCAAUGGUUCAAAGAAAGUUGCGAGGCGUCACCGAAUCAGCUCGGUUACUACGACGUGUCCAGACAGUAUUCAAAUCAAAGAGAGAUUAAGGUUAACAUGAGCCGAGCAAAGCUAGCAAGAUUCUGGGACAGUGUGCUCGAAAUGGUGGAGAAGAAUGAGUUGCCUUUUGAUUUUCACUUGGGAAAGAAAUGGGUCUACGCGUCGCAGUUCUAUCAACUCUUAGCCGAGCCACUUGACAUUGCGUACUUCUACAAGUACAAGUUUCCGCUUCCGGAGACUAGUGGUCAUUACUUGGAGAAUGGGAAUAGACCUAAAAGGUAUGUGGUGAUUGAUAAGUGGUGGAAACAAAGUGGAGAGCCUCAGAAAGAGAAGCGUGCGAGGACUCGAUAUGCGAGCGCUACGCAGGAUCCUUGCUUUUGGGCUAAGCUUGAGGAAGCAAAAGAGUGGUUGAAUGAGAUGAGAAGCGGGAGUAGUAGUGGUAGUGAUGCAGAGAGGCGUGCUUUGUUAUGGCGAAAGAUUGUUGGGUUUGAGAAGUAUGCGGAUACGUUGGUGAAGAGGAUGGAUGUUUCGGCUGAUGUUGUGGCGACGAAGUCGAGUUACAUGGUGUGGGUCGAGAAUCUAAGAGAGUUCAAGAACCGCGUGGGUAAUGGAAUUGAGAUGUUUGUUGAUGAGAUUGACGCAAUGGAGACUUAG